AUGGAGGGGCUGAAUAACAUGCUGAGGAUAGCUACUCAAAACAGAUGGAUAAGGGGAUUUGAAGUUAGUAGCAGGGCAGGUGUGAGUAUGGAGAUUUGCAAAUUGUUGUAUGCGGAUGACACUGUAAUCUUCUGCGAGGCAAAAGAAGACCAAAUUAGAUAUAUUAGAGUGAUACUUGUGAUCCUAGAAGCUGUCUCUAGUCUAAGGGUUAACUGGAGCAAAAUCAGUUUAUUCCUUAUCAAGGAAGUAGCACAGAUGCAAAGAUUGGCUAACAUCCUAAGGUGCAAGAUUGAGCAAUUCCCAACAACUUACUUGGGAAUGCCUCUGAGAAGCAAUCAUAAAGAACUACUGAUAUGGGAUGGGAUAAUCCAGAGGUUAGAGAAGAAGUUAGCCAUAUGGAAAUCUCAAUACUUGUCACUCGGGGGCCGACAAACACUAAUAAAUGCAGUGCUAGACUCCCUCCCCACUUAUGUCAUGUCUCUAUUUCCCUUACCUGCUAAGGUGCUAGAGAAAUUGGACAAACUUAGAAGAGACUUUCUUUGGUUUGGAAACAAAGAAAGAAAGGGGUAUUAUCUAGUUAACUGGGAAACAAUGCAGCUACCUAAGCUCUCAAGUGGUCUUGGAGUUAGGAAUCUUCGAAUCCAUAAUGAGUGCCUCUUGACGAAGUGGCUGUGGAGAUAUGUGCAAGAAGAACAUGCUCUUUGGAGAGAAGUUAUACAUCACAAGUAUGGCCAGGACUCCCAAUGGUGUACCAAUGAGGUCACUAUACCAUAUGGAGUUUCAACAUGGAAAACAAUAAGAUCCUUCGGGACCAAACUAGCAGGAAACAUCAAACUUAGAAUAGGAAAUUGA